AUGGGGACCGUUCAAAUAAAUCCAAGUUAUACCAAAAACUGUUCGAAAGUUUUAAAAAAUCUCAUACUGGGACAAAAAAAAGUGCAAAAUGUACAAAAGUUAGUUAACGAAGUUUGGCGAAAUUAUAAAUUACAAGCAAAGACAGAUAAGGAACUAGAUAUUAUUGUAUCUAAGAGAAUCGAAGAAGAAUUGCAAGCGGCGACUAAAAAUAAAUCCAAUCUGCUUCAUUUUUUUUCCAAGGCAACGUCUUCUACCAGUAAACCUGCAGAAAAAACACAAAUUAUACAGCCAUUUUCUAACAUUGAAAAACAGAAAGAAGAUAAAAUUAAAACCGGCAAUGAAUCACAAGAGCAAUGCGAAAAUAAUGAUAAUGCAGAUAAACAAAGAGCAAAACCUUCUCAAGAAGCUUUGAAAAAUAAAAUUACUCUACUCGAAAAAAAUCUGAACGCUUUGUAUUCUGCCAGAGAUACUAUGCCAAAUUGCGCUGAAGUUGAUAAACAGAUCAUUAAGUUGCGCGAGGAACUAAAAACAGCAAAAAAUACUUUAAACAGGAAGAUUCAAAACGUAGUUGCCCAGAAGAAACACAGGGAUGGUAUGAAAAGAAAGUUAGAAGAUAUUUGUCAGGAAAAUCCUGAAAUAAAAAGAAGACUAUCUCUGAGGGAUUCAGUAGGACAUCCUAAACUUGAAAGAGAGUCGCUGCUCGUCGUGCUAAUGAACUGAUGUGCAUUAUUCAAAAUUUUAGAGCACCAAGAUGUUGAAUGGCUCGAUGAGAGUGACGUAGACAUUCCAAAAUCGGAUGAAAAUGAGCAGACUCACAACACUGAGCAGCAAUCCAAUGUCAUCGAUAACUUAGAAUCAUGGAUUCAGGUUUCAUGGACUGAAGACUGUUAAUGUGUUCCGAAAAUAUUCUUUAUGUUAGUUAUGUUCUUUAUUAUUCUACAUUUUUUGUCAUUUA